AUUUUCCGCCACAUUAUCUGUCGAUAUUCACAUUUCACUUUAUGUUCGCCAAUCCAUCUUGAUCUAAAAUUCUUACCACCACUACCACCCACGUUCCUCACCCCACCAUAACUGUCUUACUUUUCGUGACAGCCGUUUGUCCUGCAUCACUAUAUCCAUCCUGGAUGUUUGCAGCACUCAUAGCGUUGGGUGGCUGUCGUAUCAUUGUUUGAAAACUAAAACGUUGCUGUUGACGUUAAGAUUCUAGCAAUUUAUGCUAACAUCCACUCCUGUGUCUGAUCUCUUGGAUACAUUUAUCGUCUCUUUCUAUUUCAGUAGUAAUUCAGCUUAUGGCGUUUCAGUGCAUCCAGAAACUUGGCUCUUUUGUUUGUGUUCAUUCAGUGGGGUUCCUUGGUUUGGUUGAAUUUGGCAGUUUGCGGCAGUUGGUUCGCAACUUGUCCACCAGCAAUCCUCUCUUUCGCCAUCCCGGCAUCACACAUCCGCACAAGCUGAGCCGGUUAUGGGCUGUGAAUCGCAUAAUGAAAUCGGAUGAAUACACGGUGGAUGCUGUCCCUUUGGUGCGAACUGGCGGUCGCGGACCUGACGGACGCAUAAAAUACAAGCACCAAACCACGGGCCUACGUCGACCUUGGUUCAUGGUAGAUUACAAUUACUCCAGACAUAUUGCCACGGGCCAAAUACGCGAGGAACUCAUUCUUAAGAUUGCACAAAAUUGGUGGCGAACUCAUCACAUUGCGUUGGUCGCCUCCGGUGAAGUGAAACGUUGGAUUGUGGCCACCGAGAAUAUGCGACCGGGCGACGUCAUUGUUCAACACGUGGAUAUCCCAUACAUACCAGUCAACCCUCGGGAGGGCGAUGCGUAUCCAGUCGGCGCUCUUCCUGCAGGCACAACAGUCUGUUUAGUGGAGCUACGUCCUGGUGAAGGUGCAAUUCGAUGUCGCGCAGCCGGUACCAGUGCCAUGGUCGUUCGUCGCGGCAAGUGGGUUGGAGAUCCAAAUGCUCCCGCGACCGAUAACUCCACGUCCGACAUCACCGAUGAGCACGUGGUUAUGCUGCGCGACGGUGGGACACGGAAGCUAUUUCGGCUUCUACCUCAAUGCAUGGUUGUUGUGGGACGGGUGUCAAAUUGUGAACACAAGUCAAAAAAAUACUCAAAAUUUGGCGAGAAAUAUUGGCACGGCAUAAAACAGCGUAGUGGACUAUGGCAGCGCAAGACCGGACGAUUCGGUCGAAAAUUGCGUCCAAUCGGUCCACCAGUCGAUUGCAUCUCACCGAAGCCGUCGCCUAGUGAAAUGAUUUUGAAGCUGACGAAACCUGAAGAUCCGGAAUUCUGUCGUGAAAAACAACGCAAGAAGUUUUCCGACAUGAUUCUUGGCGUACAUAGUCCUUUCCAACCAACUCCAAAGGCCAGUAAUCAACUGUCAGACUCGAACCCACGCUUUGUAUGGUCAAGCUGGACUUCAGUUAGGUAGUCCUCUGAUCUCCGAGUGCACAUCACGAAACUGUAAAUCUUUAUUGAGAACAAUGGCAUACACAACUUUAUUGCAAAUCCGCCCAUCGUACGCUUUCACACUAUAUCAUUCUGAACUGCCGGGGUUUGGACUGAAUGGUUGCGACGCUACAAGUAUACAGUUUAGUCGCUAGCAGUAUGUGCUGUUCCGCGUGUGAUGGCCAUACGUCUGCUUUAG